GUGAUGCUAGCAGAACAUAAGAACAGAGAGGAGCUGUACGCCAUAAAGAUCCUGAAGAAGGAUGUGGUGAUUCAGGAUGACGAUGUGGAGUGCACCAUGGUGGAGAAGAGAGUGCUGGCCCUGUCUGGGAAACCUCCCUUCCUCACACAGCUCCACUCCUGCUUCCAGACCAUGGACAGGUUAUAUUUUGUGAUGGAGUAUGUCAACGGAGGAGACCUCAUGUUUCAGAUCCAGCAUGUCGGCAAGUUCAAGGAACCUCACGCUGUGUUCUACGCAGCAGAGAUUGCCAUAGGACUGUUCUUCCUUCAUCUGAAAGGAAUCAUUUACAGGGAUCUGAAGCUGGACAAUGUGAUGCUGGAUGCAGAGGGACACAUCAAGAUCGCGGACUUUGGGAUGUGUAAAGAGAACAUGUUGGACGGUGUCACCACCAAGACCUUCUGUGGGACCCCAGACUACAUCGCUCCUGAGAUCAUUGCAUACCAGCCCUAUGGGAAGUCAGUGGACUGGUGGGCCUUUGGAGUUCUGCUGUAUGAGAUGCUGGCUGGACAGCCUCCCUUCGAUGGUGAAGACGAGGAUGAGUUGUUUCAGUCCAUCAUGGAGCACCACGUCUCCUACCCCAAGUCCAUGUCCAAGGAGGCUGUCGCCAUCUGCAAAGGGUUGAUGACCAAGCACCCUGGGAAGCGUCUGGGCUGUGGUCCGGAGGGGGAGCGAGACAUCAGGGACCACGGGUUCUUCCGCUAUAUGGACUGGGACAAAGUGGAGAACAAGGAAGUACAACCUCCAUUCAAACCCAAAGCUUGCGGGCGCGAGGCAGAGAACUUUGACCGUUUCUUUACACGUCACCCCCCAGUCCUGACCCCCCCAGACCAGGAGGUCAUCAUGAAUCUCGACCAGGAUGAGUUCCAGGGAUUCUCCUUCGUUAACCCAGAGUACCCCUCUGUUACUGAGGAGGAGGCUGCAGAGAGCUAAGACACACACACUCCUUAUCCAACGCACACACACACACACAC